CUCUUCAACCCUCCUCCUUUACAUACUCUUCAAUUUCAUUUCAUUACAUUUCCUUCUUCUUUACUCUCCUCUUUCCGAACAAUUUAAACACUCUUUCUCUCUCCUCUAUACCUUUGACUCGGUACUAUCGAUUCGAAUUCAACCAUCGUCGUAUCAACACUAGAUUCGCGGUAUCGAGCCCAGAAAUAAGAUAAAAUUAAGUUGAGUACGUUUAAUUACAAAAGUAUGUCUUCUUCAGAUGAGUUGAUUUCAGCGAGUGCCGAAACGUGGGCGUUUCGUCCCGCAUUUGAUAACGCUUGGAUCUCCGACGCUUUUGCUCGUGAUGCCGAGGUUUUAACCAAGGCUCUUCGUGAUUCUAUCUGUAAUAAUAAUAAUAAUAAUAAUAAUAAUAAUAAUAAUGAUACUUUUAAUAAUGGGGUUUGUACGGACGUUUCGUACACUGAACUAUUCAAGCCCCAAACGCCGUCCUCUCAGCAGCGGACACAGAGCGUUUCGAGUUCUGGUGGUGGUUCUGAGACGGAAACUGUUUCGAAACGUUCCACGUUUCGAAACGCUGCGCCUCUGAGUGGGAAGAUCGUGAAGCGGAAGUCUCGUGCUUCGAAACGGUCACCGACGACGUUUAUUACGGCUGAUCCGGAGAAUUUCAGGCAGAUGGUUCAGCAGGUGACAGGUGUCCGGUUCUGUCCCGGUUCAGGCUUUGUUGGGUCGGUGGUCAAACCGGAGGCUCAUAGGCCGACUGGGGUAGUGAACCGGUUACAAACCGGUUGCCUUCUGCCUACGCUUGACACGUCAUCGGCAUUUUUGCUGGACCGCCAUCCGCACCAAGUUGGAGGCACAACAACCAUGGAGUUUGGGCCGCCUUCUGUGGUGGCUCAGGCUGGUGGGUCUGGGUUUGAUUUUGAUGGGUUUUCCGGGUUCCCAACUUUGGAAUCAUGGAAUUAGAAGGGGGAAAAAAUAAAGGAAAAGAAAAUGAUGUAGUUAGGUAAUUCUGUUUUAAGGAUUUUCAUUUUUCAUUUUUCAUUUUUUUUUGGAUCUCUCUUUUUUCAAAUCCUCCCAUCUUAAUGGGUGUUUUUCAGAGGGGUAUUUUAGACAAGAAUGGUGGUGGGCUUUGUUAAUAUUUGGAAGCUUUUUAGGUUAUGGGAUAAAAUGUGAUGUAGUUUUAAUUAAUGGAUCCUAUCAUCUUUAAUUUCAUGUAGUUAUGAUCAUAAUAAUAAUAGUUGUUUAAUUCUUAA